ACCUCUGCCUCAAAUGCGAUGUAUUUCUCUUCAAUGAAGUCCUAGGAGACAGUGGCCUGUAGUUUUGCUUGUGCUCUGCUGUACGUUGCCGAUGGCUGCAUCGCGACCUAACAAAGACGAUGGAGAGUGGAUUAUUUACAAAGGCGACAUGCCAAUCGAUGAUUUUCUGAAGAGAAACCGACCAACACAGAUCGAGUGUUCCCAGUAUUCGUGGAUCAGUGUUUGGCGCCAUUCUGACUUCUCAAAGAUGAAAUCUCCCGAUAAGGCUUCUUUGCUUAAAGAAUGGGAAUGUAACAUGAAAACCUUUGGCAAGAUUACCUCAGAUUAUAUUCUACAGUUGGCCGAGGAAUACGAUUACAAAACAGGAAAAUGGCUGAUCUACUCAAAGUGGCCAGCGAUUGAUAACGUAUGGAAGCUCGUCGCAAAAGCAGUCGUCGCUGGUAAGCUUGGUUGUUCCGCAAAGGUCAGCACACAUGACCCUGAGAAAAAAACACAUGUGAUCUGCGUGUACACUGAGGAUUUUACCAAUGAGGACCACGUGAGAAAAGUCGAGCAAAACCUCCGAAAAGAAGGGAUCACCGAACGAAUGACCUACAAGCCAGAUAUCUACACAACGUUGGGAAUCUAUAGCAAAAAUCCUUGGGGGCUGAGGCCUACAGUGUACAGCAGCCAUCCUUAGUUGAUAAAGAAGAAUGUCUACAGUCAUACAAACUGUAAAGGAGACCCUACUGUCUUUGAACUGAUGAAGAUGUCUUUUCUUGUGGAGAUUCCCUAGAACAAAAGGGAAACAAGAACCAAAAUGAAUUAAAACUAGAGAUAAGUAGAAGCAAUUUCCUGAUAGGCGCCAUUUACGUCUAGAAAUCAACUACAAAGCGUCACCUGAUCCAAUAUGGCGGCGCGCACAAAAUUCCAGUUUCAAAAUAGCCAAUAUAUGUUUCGAUUUUUUCCCUCAUUAAAUACGCCAUUCCACUUUAAGGCAACAAAUUUUAACGUAAGUAAAUCAUUUUUCGUACUUUGCAAAAAUCAGGGCUCCUGAGACAGUUUGUUACAGCGGUGAAGUUUUCCUCAUAAAAAAAUGUGUGCUGGUUUGGUUUGAAAUGAAGAAACAAAUUCUUUUAGCCAUGCUCAUUGAGCCUUUCGUUUCUCGUCACCCCCAUUUCUUGAUAGCCUAUCCCAGACUUUCAGUCCGAGGUGACGAGUGGUUUUCGAGGCAUCGGCCCUCUAUUAUUUUUUUUUUACCAGUCACACCCCUGAAGUUGAGGCUUUCAAAGUUAAAAACAAAUAAA